GAUCACACAUUCGACCAUGAAAUUAGACUACUUGAUUUGCACGUGUAGUUCACGCGCGGCAGUGUAGGCCUACUCCAAUCUAAUAGAACUCUGUGAGAGAUUAAAAAAUUAUUAGGCUCGUGCCAUCACUAAGUCACCUGUGAAAACUAGCUUGCUAGCUAGUGAGACCGAAAUUAUGAGGGCUAUUCAUGUUUUCCUCAUCCUAAGCGUUUUGUUUGAGAGAGGCCUUGGACAAGAUUGUCAAUGGGAUGUAAGUCUUUGUGAUCUUGGUGACCCUCGAGACCCCAAAUCCACCUGCACCUUCGACAGUCCUCUGACCACCCUGUCAGGGGGCAUAGAGGUGCAGAGUUUUAGCACCAAAGUACAGGCCAUCCUCGACACCUUGAUCGACCAGCCCGUUGACACUCAUCAGGGUACCAUACGUUACUAUGGUUUUCCAUAUUACCUACGUGUGGACCUACUGUGCGACACAAAGGAGGAGUCCAUGCGAACCAUGCAGGAGGCUUUGUACACUGGGCUGACCCCCAAGAUUGUUCUGACCUUCCAGGAGCCCAUCAAUCCCAGGCGCCUCAAGCCACAGAGACUGCAGAUUGUCCUCAACACAGCUCCUCUGCUCGACACUGUCCCUUGUGACAGUGACUUGUGCCAGCUGGGCUGGUAUGCUCCCAUGCCCAUUAUUAAUGGUUCGGUAGUGUACAGGAUUAAAGUUAUGUCCAAUGGUCAGGGUCAGAAUGUGCCUCCAAACAAUUUUGCAGUAAACGUCAACGGCUUUGUGCGCACCCUGGGAAGAAGUAAACCAGAAAUUUCCUUUGGUUUGAAGAUGCCAGUGCUGGAGGACAUGCUCUCCCUGGACACUCCCUCUCGCCCCCUGUGGGCCACAGUGGGUCGCGCCCCUGUGCUCAUCCUGCCAGGAAUCCCCGGCUUCAAGGCCGUCCUGAUGACCGCCACCGAUUUCCAGCACACGUCCGUGAUCGAGGUGGGCAUCGAGAGCUGCUGGGCCGGCUCCCUCAACUGCCCCCAGGCGGAGUUCUCCUCGAUGAUCCUGGAGGCCAUAUCCACCGAGAGCACGCUGUUCAUUCGGCAGAACCAGCUGCUGCAUCGCUUCGUGGGGAACUACUCCCUCCUUCCUCUCAGGGUCCCUCCCUCAGCCUCCUGGGAGCAGGUGCUGCGCUCGGUGUGCGUGUCGGGCUUGGUGCCCGUGUUCACGCCCUUCCGCGGCCGCGAGUACUUCUACAUCCUGGGCGGGGGCUGGCAGAAGGGCACCCUCUACAGGGCCGAGGUGUACGAUGGAUAUGUGACUUACACCGAGUUGGUGGACUCCACUGGACGCACUGCUUGCGAGUUCUUGAACGAUCCUUCGUGCAAGGUGAUAUGGGCGGCCCAGGAUUCCAUGCAGAACCUCACAGACAUGGUCCUCGUUCAGCGCGUCAGCAAAAGGAACCGUCCAGCCUACGCCCUCCUCAUAUUAAAAAAUAACUUUAACUUUGGAGAUACUUUCCCUGAGUUCGUUCCUAAAGGCAGCGGCCUCUCGUUCACAGCAGUGGACACCAUGCAGGAGAACACCAGCGUGGCUUUGGUGUUGAGCGGCAUGACCUUUAACCCCAUCACUAGCUCCCUCUACAUGUGGGGCAACGCUCUACUCUGCUCCCUUGACUGGGGGCAGAGCUACUUGUUCUUCACCGGGUUCCCCCUGGACCAGAUGAUCAAGUACUUCACCCUGUCCUACCAAAGAGACUUCGCCUUCGUCACCAAGACGGAAGAGCUGUGGUGGGGCCAGGAGGGGGUGGGGAAGGUGAUGAGGAUGAACCCCUCUCUGGGCUGGCAGGCCUUCUCCAGCCUGCAGGCCAUGAAGGGCCACAAGUCCUACUCCAUGAACUACACGCUGCUCACCAUCUUCUACGACUCGGACAAACAGCUCAAGGAGGUGGUCUACGCGGUGGACUCUGAUGGAAAAGGUUCUGUGAUCAAGAGAAGACUACCUGUUCCUGACAUCCUGUCCUUCAACCUCUUCUCCACCGCACCCCUCGAAGUGCACCACUUAGACUCCUUCAGUGCGUUCUCCUUCCCCCUCACCUGCCCGUUCUUCUUGGAGCACCUGGAGGACUUGCCCAACCCGGAGAUUUACAACCGCAUCCAGAGCUACGUGGCCGGACCCCCCCUGGUGACGGCCUUCUCCGGCCUCCACACCGCCGCCUCGCUGGCCACCUACCAGGGCCUGCUGAACCACCUCCUCAAGUUGCACUCGGACUACAUCAUGGAUAUCGGAGACCCAGUCCACAACCCCAUCUGGCGCUGGUGGAAGGACCAGGUUGUGUAUAAGGACUACUACUUCUACAUGGCCAGCAACGCUGUGGCGUCCUCGGGCUUCAACGUGGAGAUGGGGAGCUACCAGCGCUCCUACUUGAGCUCUGAGAGGUUCCUCCCUGACACCAUCUACCUGGACCGGGGGCAAACCUUCUCCUUCUCGGUCUAUCUGGCCUGCGGCAUGGCAGAGCACCUCGCUGUGGAGGACGAAGCCAUAGAUCUUAAUGACAUCAACUUCAUCUGGAUCUCAGCCGAGGUGUCAAACGACGACUACAUCCGCGCCCGAGUCACCAGAAAGGAGUUCUUCAACACGGGAGCUAUAGUCUACCAGGUGACCGUGAUGGACAGAGGGAUGUUUCCGGGUCAGGCCCUGGCAGGGGAGCGUCUGCAGUACGUGAGCCUGCUGUUGAAGGUGGGCAACUCGGAGAUGCAGUGCUACCAGGACACAGAAUCAGGAAUGGCCCUCACGGGCCAGCACAGUGUGCCUGUCUACAUCGGCUGUCCUCCAGGAAACCGGCUGGCGUUUGACAUCAGCACCACUCUGGAGCAGUGCACCCGCCUCAACAAGCGCUACUUCAACUGCCCCGAGCCUGACCCCAUCAUGCCCUGCUUCUUCUUCGAUGACAUGUUCUAUCCCUUCUUCCUGAUCCAGGACAUGGUUUCUGGAAAGUCUGAGCCGUUCCUUGGGAGCUAUACCUUCAAGAUUGUGGGUGGAGGGCCGUUCUCCAAAGACAACAUACGCCUCUUCUCUCCAGAAGAGGUGCUGAUGUCCAACAGUCUCAACUUCAGCUCCUCAAGGACCAUGGUCUGGAUGUUUGCCGAUGAGACCCAGUCAUUGAACGUCACCAAAGAGGGUUUUGUGGUCCUGCAUGGCACCACCAACAGAAUCAAGUGGCUGUGCCAGAGGUAUUCCCCCUGCGGUGACUUGCCAGCUCAGAGUCUCCAGGCUCCAGACUACUUCUUCAUCAUUGAGAUCUCAAACAAGGGCGUAGAUUUGAGUACCUACUGUGACUACGCGCUACGGUUUACCCUCCACGUGCAUGGCUUCCCAUUGGAUCCUCACAGAGGCCUGUUCUACAUGCUGAUGACUUUUGCCACCUUCUCGGCAAUCCUCUUCAGUUUCAUCGUGUACAACUGCUGCGGCCCGAGCAUCAAGCGUCUGGCCCAGCUGACCUACAUGGCCGCCCAGCAGUGGAACAAGGCAGACACCGAUUCGGACAUCUCCUUAAGAGACAGUGAGCAUAGUGUACUCAGACAACUCGAAUGAAUCCACCCCCAUGGCCAGCUUUUUAUACGUGACAAGCUUUUAAAACAGUACACUACAACAACGCUCACCAUUCACUUUAUUAAAAAAAAAGAAAAGGCAGUGUCAACGUGAAAUAAACUUUUAUAUUAGAACGUCCAAGGUUCACCCUUCUGUGCCUACUGUAAGUAAAUGAACAC